UUUCAACCGCAGCAACAGUUUGUCCGCCACCUCCGUAGCUUGCUCGACAUAAUAGCCGAACCAAUAAAGCUCUUUAGACGCUUUAGUGUAUAUUAGCCACUGUGUUUUAAACCCAUUUCUCCCCUCUAGUUAGUUAUCCUAUUUAAUUUCAUAUUUACUGUGUUAUUAGUCAGCUAGCGGGCUGGUUAAGUUAGCAUUAGCCUAGCUAGUUAACAUCUCCGACCAUGAGGUCAUUUAGCUACUCUCCUGAUAAAAAAGUGAAAGAGGAGGAGGAAGAGAAGGAUGUUACAAUACAAAAACAAGUAGAGGGUGAGGCCGUUACCGUGAAAGAAGAGAAAGACGUUUCAGUGAAAGAAGAGGAAGACUUGUUCAAAGUAAAAGAAGAGGAGGAUGCAGUUGUUGAAGUGAAAGAGGGGGAGAUGAUUGUCACAUUGAAAAAGGAGGGGGAAGAAGAGGAUGAAACGGGAUAUCUGGGCCCGGUUUCCCAAAGGCAUCUUAAGGCAUCCAAUGGUUCUAACGAUGAACGUUCCCUGAUUAACACUAGAGAGAGUGAGGACUAUUGUGGAUCCUCUGGGGAUCCUCAACAACCUCAUGAUGCUGAAGAGGCAGAGAAGAGUCUCUCCAGAUCAAAACACCUCAAGAAACUUCUGCAGAGAUCCACAGGGAAGAGAACUCACUUCUGCUCUGACUGUGGGAAGAGAUUCACCUCAUCGGGCAUUAAAAUUCAUCAGAGAACACACACAGGAGAGAAACCUUAUAGCUGUGGUCAAUGUGGGAAGAGUUUUCCUCAAUCUGGCUCUCUGACAGUACACCAGAGAACACACACAGGAGAGAAACCUUAUAGCUGUGAUCAAUGUGGGCAGAGUUUUGUUCAAGCUAACAAUCUGACUAGACACAAGAGAACACACACAGGAGAGAAACCUUAUAGCUGUGGUCAAUGUGGGAGGAGUUUUACAACAUCUAGCUCUCUGACAGUACACCAGAGAACACACACAGGAGAGAAACCUUAUAGCUGUGGUCAAUGUGGGAAGAGUUUUGGUCAAGCUGGAGAGCUGACAGUGCACCAGAGAAUACACACAGGAGAGAAACCUUAUAGCUGUGAUCAAUGUGGGAGCAGUUUUCCUUCAUCUAGCUAUCUGACAGUACACCAGAGAACACACACAGGAGAGAAACGUUAUAGCUGUGAUCAAUGUGGGAAGAGAUUUACUUUCUCUGGCACUCUGACUCAACACCAGAGAACACACACAGGAGAGAAACCUUAUAGCUGUGGUCAAUGUGGGAGGAGUUUUACGACAUCUAGCUCUCUGACAGUACACCAGAGAAAACACACAGGAGAGAAACCUUAUAGCUGUGGUCAAUGUGGGAGGAGUUUUACUACAUCUAGCUAUCUGACAGUACACCAGAGAAAACACACAGGAGAGAAACCUUAUAGCUGUGGUCAAUGUGGGAGGAGUUUUACUACAUCUAGCUAUCUGACAGUACACCAGAGAAAACACACAGGAGAGAAACCUUAUAGCUGUGGUCAAUGUGGGAGGAGUUUUACUACAUCUGGCCAUCUGACAGUACACCAGAGAACACACAGGAGAAAAAUAUCAUAGCUGUGACCAGAGAUAAUCUGUUAAAAGAUCUCUGAUCAAAUAUUAGGACAUACAUACAUGAAGGAGUUGUUUCAUGAUUUCAAUUAAUUAAUGUCACAAUGUAGAAAGUUUUAACAUUGUAGUAGGAGUAUUUUAAUGAUGUCACAAUGUAGAAGCCUAAACGUUUCCCCCCCUUUGUGAAUUGAUUUCAUAAUGAUAUGGAUAUUAGCCUCAGGUGAAAAAUCAGAGUCCGUGUGGUUUUUGAGCUGUUAGUUUUAACAGGACGUGCAACCUCAUCUCUCUCCUCUCGUACAAAUGAUUUUAGCAUGAUAUCGAUGAGUGAUGACAAAUAAGUGUUGCAUUCCCUUGUUUAGCGACCCCUAAAUUUAAAUGCAUCACUCCAAAAUGUAGCUGACUGUCUUCUGCAGGUUGUGCUCUAUCCAGUGAGGUAAAAUAUAUCUCCCAUUUCCAGUUGUUUUUUUUGUUGUCAGUUUCAACAGCACUUACAACCUAAUUCCACCCCUAAUCGAUAUCAGUGAUUUAUUGCUACUUGUCAAAACAACAGCAUUUCUGGUGCUUGUGCAUUUUAAAAGCUGCUUGUUUAAACAAAUACAAGUAAUAUGAUUGUUGUAGCAGAUGUUUGUGUACAUAGAACAUUUUAUGUUUAGAUUUUCAAUUUAUCCCAAACUGUUUCUGGAUAUUGGUUAUUGAUUUGGACACAUUAAAACUGUGUUUUGAUAUUUGGCUAUCCCACGAAGCAAAAUGUAAUUGAAAAGCUGUUGAAAAUAAGACUAUGCAACCAAAUAUUUCAUAUUUACAUUUCAUGUAACAUUUAGUAUUCAUAAUUAUUUAUACGACCAACUGACAAUUUUUUGGGGUACAAUUAUAUUGACAUUGUUUCCCUGCUUUUAGAAUAUCAGGGUUCAUUCUCAGAUGUGUCAACCCAAAUGUACUAGAGCAUGACAUUGGGGACGGGGCCCCGAUCCAACAACAUACCUAUCUAGUGAACCCUGAAAAAAGAGAGAACCCCCGCUCUGCAGUGAGGUGGAAAGUUACUACGGAUAUUGCAGGAGUUUCCUCUUGAAAUCAGACAUGUCCAUGGUAAGGACAACUUGGUUGCUGAUUUUCUCAAGGAUGGGCAGUCAAAAAGAUGUGUGUUUUGCGUUUAGCCAGUGCGUUGCCAUGGAUCACAAUUUAUUUUGACACAUGUUUUUCCGUAUUGGAGAUGAGUUUUGUUUGGGCUCGUUCCAAGGGGACGAGAGUUCUCGAAAUAAUCUUUUUUCCCCCUAUUUGUAAUUGUUUAUAUUGUUUUCUGUUAGUGGUCAGCAAACUUGUCCAACAAAAAUAGAAGAUAUAUUUGUCUUAAGGAGGAAGGUUUUACAGGCUUUGGUUUUUCCAUUUAUGUUUUGAGGUUGGACUAGCUUGUUAGCAUGUAGGGAGAACCGAUUGGUGUCAGUAUGUGUUACACCUGUGCUGGCUUGUCCAUCUCGUUGGUGGGAAGGUGUUUCACCUGAGCUGGUCCAGGUUCUAUUUAAGAGUGUCUGGCCUAGUGCUCCAGUUGUCUUGAUAGAUGUGGAGAGUCAACACAUUUAGUUGCUCCACUUUUUUGGUUUGCUUCCUGUCUUUAAUUUUGUGUGGGUUUUUCUUUUGUUUGCCUCUUCUUGGGCAGAUUUAGUGGGUCUCAUGGUGGGUGUCUUUUAGAGCCUCUCCUAAAAAACAGCUUAUAAUUUGGGUGGGAUGUUGCAUCCUAUUAAUAUUUUAAUCAAUGGCAUUUCCUUUCAAUGCUCAUUAGUCUUUCAGUGGUUAUUCUUAUGUUUUUUAUCUGCUUAUGUUUGUGUACUAAAUAUUUAUUUAUUUUUUCCUGUGAAGCCAAUGUGUUAUCAUGUCUGAAAUGUACUGUAUAAAUAAAGCUUGAUUUGAACAUAUUGCAAAACAAAUGAACCCAAUGACCAACCAAUCAACAGACUCUUGCUAAACCAAUGAAAAGCAACACAUAUCUUGGUUAAUCUUAGUAUGAAAAACAGUAUAAACUCAUAUCUUCCUCUGUCAAAAUAGUGCUGGUAUGUAUGUUUAGUAUCACUGUUCAACCAACCCAGUUCAAUUGUUGAUAUAUUGAAAACAAACUAAGUUUGUUGUGGGGUUUUCUUUUGUUUCCCCCCUUCUUGGGCAGAUUUAGUGGGUCUCAUGGUGGGUGUCUUUUAGGUCCCAGUUGUUACUAGUCAACUUCCAGUGGACACCCCCAUAGUGUCAUUCAGAACCCCUCCUAAAACCCACCUGUUUAGUUGUGGUUGUUGUCAGUGACUCUUUGUUAGUUCCCUCUUCUGUUUAAGUGACAUUUCUGGUUUUCUUGCUGGGAAACUGAACAACAAUGUAGUAAAACAAGCUUAUAUUUUGGGUUGUAGCAUCCAGUUCUUGUUCAUCAAAGGCAUUUCCUUGAAAUGUUAAUUCGUCUUUCAGUUGUUAUUCUUCUGUUUGCUGUGUAUGUUUUUAUUUGUAUUUUUUCUGUGAAGUGCAUUGCGUUGCAUCCAUGUCUGAAAUGCGCUGGUUUGGUUUGAACAUAUUGCAAAAUAAAUGACCAACCAAUCAA